UCUCAGUGAACGCAGCAUAUGUCGUCGCACAGAGAUGACGUCAGGCAAACUGCGCCGCUAGCAUCCCGCUGUGUAGAAAACACACGGGAAGAGAUUUCUAAACAAAAACAGCGAGGACAAAAACACAGUCAUGUCUGUGAAUUACGCCGCUGGCCUCUCUCCGUAUGCGGACAAAGGUGUCUGCGGACUCCCCGAGACGUUCGAUAGUCCUGAGGAGGUGAAGGUGAAGGUGGAGACUCUCGCCCAGUUGAUUAAAGAGUCUCAGUUCUUGGUCGUCCACUCUGGAGCAGGAAUCAGCACCUCCGCAGGAAUUCCCGACUUCAGGGGUCCAAAGGGAGUGUGGACGUUAGAAGAAAAGGGUGAGUCACCUCACUUUGACACCACGUUUGAAGACGCUCGGCCCAGCUUGACUCACAUGGCGCUCGUGGGCCUGCAGAGGGCCGGAUACCUCAAGUAUCUCAUCAGCCAGAAUGUGGAUGGCCUGCACGUCCGCUCAGGAUUCCCCAGGGAUUUGUUAUCAGAGCUUCAUGGAAACAUGUUUGUGGAGGAGUGUGAGAAGUGCGGCCGGCAGUAUGUCAGAGAAAAGGUGAUCGGUGUGAUGGGCCUGAAACCGACAGGACGUUACUGUGACGUGGUGCGCUCCAGAGGACUCAGGGCCUGCAGAGGGAAGCUUAUCAGCACCAUACUGGACUGGGAGGAUGCUCUUCCUGACGGAGACCUGAACAAAGCAGAAAAUGCCAGCAGACAAGCAGACCUGGCACUGACCCUCGGCACGUCUUUGCAGAUCAAACCCAGUGGAGACCUUCCGCUCCUAACCAAACGCAAAGGAGGGAAAAUAGUCAUUGUCAACCUGCAGCCUACGAAGCACGACAAGCAUGCGCACCUUCGUAUCAACUGUUACGUGGACGAGGUCAUUAAACAGCUGAUGGAACUGCUGGGAUUGGAAAUCCCAAAGUGGGAAGGGCCGACCGUCUGCGAAAGCUCCACAGGCGCCUCAGAGUCCGCCCACGAUGUCAAACCACCACGUGCUCUUCCUGCAAAAAAAAGGGCUAAAAAGAACCUUGUUAAGGAGGAGAGGAAGAGAGAAGCAGCACAGCUAACGGACAAUGGGAGCGUGAAGGAGGAGAUGAUUUCAGUAAAAAGAGAGAGAGAAGACGCCCCAGUGGUGAUAAAUGAAGAGAAAUAGCCUCAGGUAUUUUUUUUCUCUCGACUGCGUCUCGACACAAACCCAUCCAGAAACAAAGUUUACAUGUGAGGGUGUUCGGUUUCAUCAGUUUCACAGAUGACGGAGGUUCUGCUCAUCUAACGCCCUCUGGAGCAAAUACUUCAAUUGUACUGAAGUGGUUUUGUCAAUCCUAGAUUUGUUCUACUUACUGUCACAGCAACAAUGAACAGCAAAUAGAGGUUCAUCUCUGUAAAAAGAUUCUACAUGAGAAUAUGUAGAAUGUGUAGGCGAGGGACAAGAUUUUGGGUUGGGAAGCCUUCUGGUUUCCUGUUUAUAGUAUGACCAAUUAUGUUUGAGCAGGCUUUGGUUGCAUGCAGGUAAACAGUCUGUGUGGAGAACAAAAGAGGCGUAACACACUGACCACAUUGAAAACUGUUCAUUACCACAUUUUGUGCUUGUUUCUAGGAAAGUGUUUUUUAUCUCAGGAAAAAGUCUUGUACUUUGUCUGCCAUUUUAAAGUUUUUUUAUAUAUAUAGAUAAUGGCAUUAAAAAUAAUAAGUAACUA